UAAGGUUUGUUAAUAUCUUCCAGGAAAGAUAUGAAUGAAAUUGAAGAGAAAUCUAAAGAUAUAAUAAAAUUCACUGCUGAGAAACUCUCCAUAGAUGAAGUCUCACAGUUGGUGGUUUCUCCACUCUGUGGUGCAGUAUCCCUGUUUGUAGGGACUACAAGAAAUAACUUUGAAGGGAAAAAAGUCAUUAGCUUAGAAUAUGAAGCAUAUCUACCAAUGGCGGAAAAUGAAAUCAGAAAAAUUUGUAGUGACAUUAGGCAGAAAUGGCCAGUCAAACACAUAGCAGUGUUUCAUAGACUUGGCUUAGUUCCAGUGUCUGAAGCAAGCAUUAUCAUUGCUGUGUCCUCGGCCCAUAGGACUUCAUCCCUUGAAGCUGUGAGCUAUGCCAUUGAUACUUUAAAAGCCAAGGUGCCCAUAUGGAAAAAGGAAAUGUAUGAAGAAUCAUCAUCAUCUUGGAAAAGAAACAAAGAGUGCUUUUGGACAGCCAGUGAUUAAUUCACACAUUUUUUUUUUUAGAGAACUAAAAUUAAACUUGGUAAACUGUCUUUAAUCACAUUUUGAUUUUUCUUUUCUAGAAGUUAAGCUAGUUUACUGAAACACAGUCUCUUGUGUUACACCAGUGGGACAAAAGGGAGAAAAAAAAAUGAGUGUUAGGAUGAAGGCUUAUGCAGGAGCCACAGAUAGAGAAAAGACUUUAGGGAAAAAAUGGUAGAGUAAAUUUAAAUGUGAGGAAAGAUGCCUGUGGUAGACAUACCAUUCCAUGAAGUAGGAAAUUUAAAUUACUUAUAUAUUUUUUUCAAUGAGAAGCAAAAUGAAAGCAUUUUAUUUUCUUUGAAAGUAAUAGAUGGUCAGUGAGUGAAAUAUUUUGUGAUUUUGUGGAUAUUUUUGUCCUUUGGAUAUGAUGUUAGAGUUCUAGUAUAUUUCAGUUUAUUGUGAGAAGUAGUGGUCAAGAAGCCAGUAGUUUGAGUCUUGAUCUCAAAUCCUUGAAUGAACCUGUUGGAGAAUUUGAAAACAGAUUCUUAGAUGUCUCUCGAAUCUAGCUGCUACUUCUGAAUCCCACUGCCGCAACUCUCGUCCAAGCCACCGCUCCAUUUCUCUUGGACCGUUGUUGUGGCCCUGCUGACAGCACCCCUCCUGACACUCUUCCUUCUCCCAUGUGGGUCAUUUCAUCCUCCUCAGAGCCUUUGGAAAGCUAAUCCCAUGCUGGAGCCCCACAGUCCUCACCGUGGUCUAUGGUCUAUAUGCUUGGGCUCCUGCCUGCCCCUCACCUUGCUCCAGCCCCCUGCUUUGCUGUGGCUGGUAUGUAGUAGGCUUAUUCUGUCAUAGGGUCCUUCCUUGUCUAUUUGUGUAGAAUGCUCUUCCCCCAGAUAUUCCCAUAGUCUGCUUCCUCACUAUUUCAAGUCCCCAGUUAAAUGUUCCCUCCUCAGAGAGCCUUCUCUACCUUAUUUAAAACCGGAAUCCCCUUCCUUUACUCUGCCUUGUAUCUUCUUGUGGCCCUUAAUGCUACUGUACUGUAGCAUUAGUUGUACUGUAUCUAUUAGUUUAUUCCCAUCACCAGACUACAGACUUCUUGAGGUCAGGGACUUGUCUGUCAGGUGUGCCCUAACCACUACCAUGCACCAAAAAGUGCUGUUGGUGUUGAGUAUUGUGCUCCAAUUAAACACACCUGACAGGUGUAGCUGUAGCCCUUAUGUGUGUGUAAAGGUAUCUGGUUAAAUGCAUGAGUGGGUAGGUUUCCCCUCCACUUCCUCCCCCUGGGCCAUUCUGUAACAUCUUACUUAGUUACUUAUUGGGCAUGGAGUUUGUGAACAUGGUAUCUUAAGGCAGGAAUGAUUUAUGAUGUAGUUAGUUGCUGACCCAGCAGAGGGCAGUAGAGCCAGGGCUAAGGUAAGAGCAACUUGAGUGAGGUUUUUUUAGUCGGUUACUUUUCUAUGCAAAAACUUUUUGCAUGGAGCCAAAAAGUUCAGUUUAGUUAGCCUUUUUCUUUAAGUUAGGUCAGAGUGGUUCUUAAAGUAGUGUCUGACUUUGAGUACAAUUAUUUCCAUUGCUUAAUUGGUAUCAGAGUUUAAAAUAUUAAGGGUUUAAGUUAUACGAUAGGAUGAGGAUGGAAGUUUUUAAAAUGCUGUUUAUAGUUUUUAAAAGGUGAUGUAGAGUAAGUAAAAGGAAUUACUUUUAAAAAAAAAUGAGUAAUUAUAAAAUUAUUUUCCAAUUUGGGAAUACGGGUCUAUUCUGUGCCAGAGCUAAUGUUCUUUUUGUUCAUGGUUGUAUUUUAAUGUGUGAUGUGUACGAGACGCACUGUGAUGGUUCUGCAGUCAGCGGCCCUUACGACUUGGUUCACCGGGACUGAGAUGGGCAGGGCUGAGGAAGGCGUCUGAGCGAUCACCUGAUGCGGGAAUGGGAGACACGUGUGUAUCCAUGGAAAUGGAAACAUGUGCCACCCAAGCUUUGCAUUGAUGCACCAGUCUGUACAGUGAGGGCCAGUCGGUAAGCUGGAUACGUAGCUUUCACAACACCUAAUACCUUUAGCAUAUUUAAUCCUUAAAAUAUUUAAACCCUCCUGCUUACUACUAAAACCAGAGUAGGAAAAAAAAAAAAAAAAAACCCUGAAUGUUUUGGCAAGUUGCAAUGGUUUGGCCAACUUUUUUUUCUCUCUCUUCCAAGUACACGUUUGGAGAGAGAAGUUGUGCUUUAGAGCAGUGCUUCUCAAACUUUCAAUAUGGAACGUGAUUCGUUGGAGAGUCUUGUUAAACUUCCCUUCGAAUUCACUUCUGGAUGCCAUGGAGAUACACGUUUGGUAAUGGGCCCCAGAUGAUGCCGGGCUGCCUAUCUGUGGACCACACGUUUAGAAGCAAGGUUUUACAUCUAGUCCUUAAACUAUGAAGGCAAUUGAAGGUUCUUACAAAACAGCCUGUGGUCACUGCUAGUAAUGUAAGAAAUUAGAUACAUCCUCAUUCUUACAUGGAGUCUUGAACGUGUUCUGAAGCAGGGUGAGUGCAUACAAUAAAUACACUGAAAUAUACGAGCCAUAAAAUCAGAAGUCCAAAGUCAGUAACUUUAUUUUCAAAACAACUUUAAUUAUAAUUUAGUAAUGUGGUAUGAAGAGUGGUUUAUAAUUAAAAAACACUUUAGAGUCUCAUUCUUAGUUAAGAGCUUUUCUCGUUAAUGUUGAUUACUUUUCCAAUGAUUUCUCAGGAAUCAAAUGAGUUGUGCAACUUGAUGAACAUGAUACAUUCAUUUUUAUAUUUUUGGAGAGAAAAAAGGCAAAAACCAGUUAAUCAAAAACAAAUAUACUUAAUCACAUCUUAAAGAUUUAUACUUUACAUGAAGGAAAAUAUCCAAGAUCCUUUCUCUUUAGAAAAUGUACAAUUCUAACAUAGUCGUGCAAUAUAUACAUUUUAUCUGUCAAAAUAAACCAGGUACAGAUGAAAAUGUAGCCAUAUGUAAAUAUAAAAAAAUGGUUUCAUCCUUUAAGGUUCAAAGAAGUAGUUAACACUUUUUAUUUCAGACUUUACCCUCAUGUUUAUCUUCUACCUCUAGAUGUUUAGUCUUUCAAAUUGUUUAAAAUGGGUAUUUGUCAAUACACAUGAAGGGCAUAGUCCUGAAAAGUCAUGUAUGCAGGUAUUUUUUG